AUGGGCAUUCCCUAUUCCAAAGAGAUCAAUGCAGCCUUCGAACAGGUAACCCCACUGGUGGCCGCCGGGUAUGAAGUCCUCCGAACCACAAAGGACAUUGCAAUCCUAUUGGCUUGCAUUCAAGUUUUGACGGUUGUUUUGCUGUUCCUGAUUUUGAUGGCCUUGCUCGGUUUGCUGUUCAGUGUCAACCCCGACCUCGUCGAGGAGCGGCAGCAGUUGGUCACGCCAGCACUACAACGGUUGGCCAGCAGCGUGCUGGCCUUUGGAGGAGUGGCGAAAGUGUUGUUGUACGCCUUUCUUGGAGCGGCCUCUGUCGGUUACGGGAUGUUUCUCUGGCAGGGCUAUGUCACAGGGACUACACUCCCAGCAUCUGAUGAAGAGGAAUCCGAAGACUCGCCGGAGCAAUCUGACAAGGACAAGAAGAGCGCCAAGGACGCGAAGAAUGCGAAGGAGAAGAAAAGGUCGGACAAGAACGAAGAGAAAUAA